AUGGGAAGACGGAAGAUUGAUAUUCAACCUAUCACCGAAGAUAGAAACAGAACCGUAACUUUCAUCAAGAGAAAAGCUGGUCUAUUCAAGAAAGCUCACGAAUUAUCUGUGCUUUGUCAAGCCGAAGUGUCAUUAAUCAUAUUGGGGGCCAAUAACACAUUCUACGAAUAUUCAUCUGUUGAAGUGGAUGACUUGAUGAAAUAUUACAACGAUGAUGAAUCGUUAAGGCAUGUCAUUAAACAUCCUUCCGAUUAUGGAGAUUUUAAACAAAGAAAAUUCGUCACUUUGAAUAAAAAUGUUAGAAGAAGAAAUUACGCAAAGAAGAAUACUAGAUUUGUUGCCGCUUCUGUUUCAAAUUUAAAGAGCACUGAUGUUAAAAUUAAAAGAAAGAAUAAUGAAAUUGAAAAUACAGAUUCUGAUAUUCAUAAUCCUGCUAAGAGACCAAGAUUAUAUAUUGAAGAAACUAGUACAGUGGCUCCAGUAUCACCGCAUAGUACAACUAGUCUACCUGAUACUAGCACAUCAUCAUCAACUACUCAAAAUAAUAUACGUCCUGCAUUAACUUUUCUGCCACCAAAUUUACCUCAUAUCAAUGCUAUUCGCUCCUUCAAUAAAUAUCCAACUGAUAACGGUUCAUUAAAGAAUGAUACCACCACCACUAACAAUAAUAUUCCUCAGACUCUACAACCUCAUAGACACUCAGCAACACCACCCUUCAUACAAAGAAGCGUAACAUCAUCGAAUAAAACUACUCCUCCAUCUUCAGUGGUAGACACCUUACCGACCUUGAAGUUCAACCCAAUGGUACCUCAACAACCAAUAUACACAAACGGAUUGACUGCAGGCAUUGCCGCAGCAGGUGUUGCCCCAACAGGUUAUGCUCCACCACCAGUUCAACAUUUACCUGUUACAUCUCCUAUGCCUCAUCAAGUUUCUGUUGGUUACCCACAGAGAGUAUUACCUUACACAACGAAUCAACAGUUUUUACAACCAAUGCCAGCAGGUACUUUACAAAGACAUAAUUUAAGUGAUCCUAAUGUCAAUCCAGCAAUGCAAAUUGACACUGCUCAUGGUUGGUAUCAAGCUGGAACUACACCACUUUCCGGUGUUGGUGGUGCGGUACCAAUCUACAUGACUGCAUCAGGUCCAAUGUAUCAAGCAGAAUACCAUCGAUUGCAAGCAUAUCCACAAACAUUAGCUAUGGGACCCUCUCCCAUAGACACUAAUAUGGUUGCACCGGAUAAAAGAUAUUUGCCUCCUACACCGACAUCCUUUGAUAGGAUCGUCUUACCUAGUGUAAGAAGACCAAAUAGUACAUCUUCAACAACGAUUCCUACCACAAGUAGCGCUAAUAUGAAUCAUGAACAGUUUCAUCCAUCUCCAAAGUCACAAGUUGCAGUGAGUGUAGAGACUGAAAAAGUAUAA